AUGCUUGUGGGCUGUCGGACGUGGCACACAUCGAGUCGCUGCAGGAAAAGUCCCAGUGCGCGCUGGAGGAGUAUUGCCGGUCCCAGUAUCCCAACCAACCGACCCGGUUUGGCAAGCUACUGUUACGUCUUCCCUCCCUCCGAACGGUCUCCUCCCAGGUUAUAGAGCAACUGUUCUUCGUCCGACUGGUAGGCAAAACGCCUAUAGAAACGCUCAUCCGUGACAUGCUGCUGUCGGGCAGUAGUUUCUCCUGGCCCUACCUUCCCUCGAUGUGA